UAGAACUCUCUCAAAACCAAUCUUACUUAGCCAGGUUAAGCCUUCAUAAUUCCUAGUAAAAAAAAACAAUUUGUAGCAAAUAACAUGAACAGCUUAUUCUCAAUUUUCUUUGGAUGGAGCAAAGCUUCUAAAUGCAAGACAGCGAUAAAACGACUUCAAUGUCGAUUAAAGUUAUUGAAGAACAAGCACAAAUUAAUUAUAAGACAGUCGCGUGAAGACAUUCUUCGGCUUCUAGAGAAUGGUCAAAACCAAAGAGCGUUCGGGCGAGCUGAGAAGCUUUACGAGGACAAGGGUAGAGUGGAUGUUUAUGAACUACUUGACAAUUUCUGUGAAUUCAUUAUGAUCAACUUAACAUACAUUUGGCAAAGCAAGGACUUCCGCAAUGACAUUAAUGAAGCAGCAUCAAGUUUGAUAUAUGCUUCUGCAAGAUGUGGUGGUGAUCUGCCUGAGCUGCUUAAGCUACGUAAGCUGUUUGGCGACGUAUAUGGGAAUAAGUUUGAAAUUGCUGCAGUGGAAUUGCUUCCAGGAAAUCUCGUGAGCCCUCCGUUAAUCAAAAAGCUCUCAGCCAAGUCAAUAUCCGACGAUGUCAAAUUCAGAUUGAUGAAAGAAAUAGCUAAAGAAAAUGGAUAUGCCUUCUACUAUGAUGAUUCACGGCACUGUGGAAAAAGUUAUUUAUUGAACAACACUCGAGAGAUAUCUCCAGAGGAACUUCGCUUUUUGGAAAUGGAAGACGACUUUCAAGAAAACCACGCUUCAUCUCCUGAAUCAUGCACCGGGGAAACAAAUCCAUCGAAGAACAAAAAUUUGCAGAGGUCCACGACACUGCCACCACCUCAAAAGCAGAAAGAAACACCAACGGAUCAGUUUACAAGGUCAGUCUCACUUCAGUCUCAUCAGCGGCAUAGCACUUCAAACACCAGUUCUUCCUCUCCUUGCAGCCAUGUCCAUCCAAAACUGCCAGAGUAUGAUGAUUUAGAAGCCAGAUUCGUAGCUAUUAAGAGACAACAUUCAAGAAGUAGUACUAGUUCUUCCUCUCCUUGCAGUCAUAUCCAUCCAAAGCUGCCGGAGUACUAUGUUUUAGAAGCCAAAUUUGUAGCUAUCAAGAGAGAACAUUCAAGAAGUGGUAGUAGUCAUUCAUGA